GCGCGUCUCAUUGAUCGUCCUUUACCGUCUCGCGCGCACUGACUGACUUGUGAUAGCUUGUGAUGGCAGGUGGGUCUUCUUCAUUGAGGACGUGCUCGCGGUCUCUUCUGUGGCCUAGGUGCGCACUCUUCGUACUAUUCCCAGCUUUCCGUCCAGCCCGAGCACACGAUCGCGCUGGUUCACCUCGGCCAGGAUGCGACUGGUCGUGCCGCGCAUACGCGGGCUCGCCCGACGCAGACACGGGUGCUGGCGUGAGCGGACAGCGGGCCUCUGGCUCGUGGUCGCGGACGGGAAGGUGUGGAUCACCGUGCUCUCGCUCUCAGUGCAACCCGUUCUUCCCGACGCUCUGUGUGAUGAUGGGGCAUGGGGACUCUGUACAUACACCUUCCAUCUCUUGGAAUUCGACCUCCCUAUUCACUGUCUCUUAGUAAAGCACGUUGUGCGGCAAGCCACGCCCCUUGCGGUGGCAUAUCCAUCAGUCCUGGUCUCAAACCUCCUGGGUCCUCAGGGAGUCGGUGAAACCAAUAAUGACCCUUGGCGAUAUAACAGCGCUAGCGUCCGAAUCGGACUCGGUUACUCAGAGCUGACACUCACCCUGACACGGACGUCUGAGACUCGGCGAACAUAUGCAUAUGCGUACACCAAACCCACCUGUGACAGGUGAUUUUGCGACCUUCCGUACUUUUCAAAUGCAUUGCGCUCGUGGGUCUUCAGAAUCGUUGUGCGCGCGCUCACGAUCUCCUCUGUCUCGGAGUCUGUGCCCUAAGUGCACACUCUUCGUCCUCCCCAACUUUCCGUCCAGCCCGAGCACAUGGCCGCGCUGGCUCACCUCGGCCGAGGUGCGACUUCGGACGCGCCGCGCAUACGCAAGGAUACCAGCUC